AUGAGUUUGUCGGGAAGGUCAUUGUUUGGUUUCUCACUGACUGGUCAAGUGGUUGCUUUUGGAGAACCACUGGUACUUCCUCCUCCAUCUAUGCAAUUGGUGGUGAGAAAAUUGUGGGUUGUUCCCCUAUCAUCUGGUUUGCUAGUGGUGUUAUUUGGAAAACCACAAGUUAAGCCACUGUCGUCUGGUUUGACGGUGGAGGUGCCUCAAAAACCACCGAUUGAGCCACUAUCGUCUGGUUUAACGAUGGUGGUGUCUGGAAAACCAACGGUGAUGCAGCUGUCAUCUGAUUUGUUGAAGACUAUUGGAGAAACAUUGGUGUAA